CUUCGUUUCAGUAUUGUAUUUUUGCUCGUUCAGUGCAGUCGUCGGGUGUGUGAUUAGAAAAAGUUCUGUUUGUGCGAGGCACCAGUUCCGGACAGAUUAGCAGCAGCCAUUUUUCCCUCCCAAAGAAGAGAGGUGUGCGUGUGUUUACCAGCAGAAAGAAGCGGAUUUCUGCCCCCAAAGCGAUAAACGAUUGUGAAGUCAACUUAGCCGGAAAGAGGAAUACUAUCUAGAUAGCGAAAAAUGGCUGGAGGAAAAGCUGGCAAGGAUUCCGGAAAGGCGAAAGCCAAAGCAGUUUCCCGCUCGGCGCGCGCUGGACUACAGUUCCCGGUGGGCAGAAUUCACCGACACCUGAAGAACCGCACGACCAGCCAUGGGCGCGUCGGUGCCACAGCGGCCGUAUAUUCCGCUGCCAUCCUAGAAUACCUGACAGCUGAGGUGCUCGAGUUGGCCGGCAACGCCUCCAAGGAUCUGAAGGUGAAGCGUAUCACGCCCCGUCACUUGCAGCUUGCCAUCCGCGGAGACGAAGAGUUGGACAGUCUGAUCAAGGCAACGAUCGCCGGCGGUGGUGUCAUUCCGCACAUCCACAAAUCGCUGAUUGGCAAAAAGGGCGGCCCCGAAUAACCACCUCCCCACCACCAUCAUCAAGAUUACUAAACACUAAAUAUACACAAAGCGAAAACGCGCGCCCCCCCUGCAAGCCAGACGUCUUAUAUACAAACACAAACACACACAUUUUCUGUAACAGUUUUUGCACAAGUAAGAAAUCGCGUCGACACAGCAACAGAGAGAAUCUAUAUCAUAGUAGAAAUAAUAACGUUUAAAUGAUACACAUUUAACAAUUGAACAGGACAUUCUCGUUUGUUGUCUAAUGUUUAGUAUCGUUAGUUCAAACCGCAGUUGUUUCUUCUUAAAUUCAAUUCUCGAACGGCGGUAUCCUACUUCCAAAGGGUAGUAUACGAUCUCCUUGCUUCACCAUCCUUGCUAUUAUAUUUUCCUCCUUCGCCUUUUUUUUCUCUUCUGUGUUGUGACACCCGGGGACGCGGAUAUGUGUGCGCGCGCGGAACAGCAAGCCGUUUAAGCAAAAUAUCGUCGUCGUGUUUAACUAAUUUUUAACGCAAAUUGAGAGAGAAAACUAAAAUGAGAGAAAAAUCUAAAAGAAACCCUAGAGAGUACAUAAGUUAAGUGCGUUUUUCUUAUUAUAUUUUCGAUGAAAAAUAAUAAAAUUUUACUAUUAAGAAAAGAAA